AUGACAGGGCCAGUUUUGUGGCAAAGUUUUGAUUACCCACAUAAUACGUUGCUGCCUGGAAUGAAACUUGGCAUGAACCUCAGGACUGGUCAAAACUGGACUCUUUCGUCUUGGAUAAGUGAAAAGCUUCCAUCUCCGGGGCCUUUCCAACUAGGCCUGGAUCCUUCCGGUACUAGCCAGUUGCUCUUGUGGCGACGUGGAGAAGUUUACUGGUCUAGUGGAGUGUUACAAAAGAAUGGAAGUUUCAAAUCAGCACCUCUACUAACAUGGAUGACGGGUGACAUCGCUGAAUUCAAGUUUGUAACAAAUGGGGAAGAGAGGUACUUCACAUAUUUAAUUAAGUACAAGUCUGUUUUCUCCAGUCUUGACUUGGACACGCUAGGUCAGCUCACAUUAGUCGUUGAAGACAGGAGAGGCCCUAACAAUCGCUGGACAUAUGACACUGCUAGUCCUUGCAACUAUGAUGCCAAGAAUUCCACAGCUAUUUGCCUAACAGAAAAGCCCGUCCCGUGCCGUAAAGGGUCUGAGUUUUUUGAGCGAAAGAGGGGGUAUAUGGUUGGAUAUGAGUACUAUUACUAUGAUUCUGACAUAAAUUUGUCACUCAGUGAUUGCCAUCGUCAAUGCUGGAAGAAUUGCUCCUGUGUUGCUUAUCAGUCUUUUACAAGUAAUGAUACUGGAUGUCAGUUUUGGAGAAAAGGAUCAGAGUUCACCCCAAGCGAUAACUCUGAAUUUCUUUAUCUUCUUCUUAACCACGGCAGCAGUGAGGGCAAAAAAGACCAUAAACUGAACUUUUAA